UAAUGGGAUCACAUGCGUUUGGAAUCACAUCAGAAUGGGUCGUCACCGAGUGGAUGAAACCCAUGAUAUUGACACACCCAUUACAGGUGAGCUUGAGUAGCCUAUUAAAAGGAGGAAAAGAAGCCAUUCAUUUUCAGCAGAGCUACAGAAUCAAGUAGAAGAUAUGGCUGUCUUGUUGGUCACUUUCCUUGCUGCUCUUCUGUGUCCCUCCGUCCACAGUGCGGACUCUGCAGUGGCAUGGUGCUAUCACAAGCCAACAUGCAAUUUUACCACCUGGCCCCAAAUUGCUCCUCAAUCCUGCAAUGGAUCCAAGCAAUCUCCUAUUGAUAUCAAGACUACAAGUGUUCAGGGUGAUCCUAAACUGACUUCAUUCACCUUCACUGGUUUUGAUGACAACUCCACCUUCAUGUCAAUCGCUAACUCCGGCGACUCUGUGGUGGUCAACCUGGAUGAUGAGAAAAUGGCAGUGCAAGGAGGUGAUCUUCCAGGCCUGUACAACACUAAACAAUUCCAUCUCCACUGGGGUAACGGCAGCUCCUCACCUGGCUCCGAACACACUGUGGAUGGCAAACAAUACCCAAUGGAGCUACACAUUGUGAAUGUCCAUUCAAAAUACAGCGGGAGUGUGUCAGCUGCUCUAGCUGCUAAUGACAACCAAGCAUUGGCUGUUCUUGGUUUCUUAAUUGAGGGAACCAAUGAACCAAACAAAACAAAAGGUUGGGAUAUCCUAACAUCCUUUUUGAAACAGAUCCCUGCUUCAGGUAAUACAACACUAGACAUCAUGAAUCAAAUCACAAUGAACAGUCUGCUUGAAGGGGUGGACACGACUAAAUAUUACCGGUACCAGGGCUCUCUUACCACACCCAACUGCAAUGAAGCUGUGAUUUGGACUGUGUUCAAAGAUCCCAUCAAAGUCAGUCAGGACUUGAUCAACCGCUUCAGCACAACUACCUUUUUCAAGUCCGGUCCUUCAGUUCUGACGACCAACAACUUCAGAGGAGUUCAGCCCUUGAAUGGCAGAGUUGUGACAUCACAGCCCUCCGCAGCAUCUUCAUCUGUGGCCGCAUCCACUGUAUCCACUGUAUCGAUCAUCACACUUCUUCUCUUGUCAAGUUUGUGUUGGCUGUGAAAACAUUUGUGGGGUUUUUUUGCACACCAAUAUGGGCUUGUUUAGUGUAAUUGAUUUCUCUUGUACAUUAUGUGUCAGAUUUAUUGAUCAUUUUUGAUAAUGGUUGAUGUUUUCUGUAAUAUUUUAAGUUUUUCACAUGUAUCUUCUUAUCUUGAUGAUACUUGACUGUUUGUAAUUCUACCCAUUGUAUUUUUAAAUGCACGAUUUGUCGCAAUAACAUUUAGAGGCCUUUAGUU